GGUGGUGGUGGUGCGUGGUGAUGAGAGUAGAAGGCGUGUGCAGGGUUGACCUGCGCGCCCUGUGAUGACCGCAGCACCGCCCGCCGCCCUCACCUGCAGGAGAAGGGGCCCCGCCCCCGGAGGGUCGCCCCGGGCCGGAGAGUGCGGGCAGGACCCCCAUGUGCUGGUGGUCGCCGCGUGCCGGCGGGGACGUGAUGCGUGAGAUCGGGGACAGUGGCCGCUGCAACGGUGGGCCAGCGGCGCCCCGGGAGCACGGCGGCGGCGUGGGGGGCGGCGCGGGGGACGGAGGAGGAGGGCAACAGCUGGGGAGCGAGGAUCCCGAGGAGACGACGCCCCUCACCCUGCUGGCGGCCGAUCCCCCCGACAAGGACCUGACGGAUAUCAACAGUCUGCUGGACGACAUCCACAAGCUGGGGGGCCGCGGUGACAGCAUCCCGCUGCGCUCCCUCACGCCGGGGCCAGACCGGGAGCCGUCCUCUCGCCGCCACACGCCCGUCUCCCAGCCCCGGGCGUCGCACAGCCGCAAGCCCAGCAGCAGCUCCUCUGAGGAGAUCAUCGAAGUAGAGCCUCGAGCAGCGGCUCAGGUGAGUGUUGUGCUGUGCUGGUAAUGACUCGCUCCCUCGGGUGUUGUGAGUACUAAUUAAGGCGUGUUAAGGUGUGUUAUUGGGAUGUUUUCGUGUUUACCUGUCCGGGAAAUGGAUGUAGUAUGAGUGUUUUUGUUACUUUUUUUAUUUGGUAUGGAUGGGAGAUAGGUGACGUAUUUAGAUGCAUAGAGUGAAUAUACUGCAAGUGUAUCUUCUUUGUUUUCUAGCUUAAUGCGAGGUAAAGGUCAGGAAAGGUUCUAAUUUAAGUUUCUUAGUCACCUGUUUAACCCUU